CCGUAUGCUCUCUCCUUUCUCCUUCUCCUUCCAAUCAACAAAACCCAGACACACAGACGGCUCAAAAGGUUUCCACAAGUGACAACAAUGGCGACAGAGGUAGCAGCAGCGGUGCCGCGACCAGAGGUGGACACACAGGAGAAUAUUGCGGCUGAGGCGGUGGCCUCUGAUACCAAGAUACAGGCAAGCAGCGGCCCCCAGAAGCUGGAGAGAAAGUGGACCUUUUGGUUCGAUAACCAAUCCAAGCCCAAGCAAGGUGCUGCGUGGGGCUCCUCGCUCCGCAAAGCCUACACCUUCGAAACCGUCCAGGAGUUUUGGUGUCUGUAUGAUCACGUAUUCAAGCCCAGCAAGUUGACGGUUCAUGCAGACUUCCACUUGUUCCGGGCUGGGGUUGAACCAAAGUGGGAGGAUCCUGAGUGUGCUAAUGGAGGGAAGUGGACUGUCACCAGCAGCAGGAAGGCUAACCUUGAUACCAUGUGGCUAGAGACUUUGAUGGCACUGAUUGGAGAGCAAUUUGAUGAGGCUGAUGAGAUAUGCGGAGUGGUAGCAAGUGUGCGCCAGAGGCAGGACAAACUUGCACUAUGGACUAGGAAUGCUGCAAACGAGGCUGCACAGAUGAGCAUUGGGAGAAAGUGGAAGGAGGUAAUCGAUGUUACCGAUAAGAUCACCUACAGCUUCCAUGACGAUUCUAAAAGGGAAAGAUCAGCAAAGCCUCGAUACUAUGUGUAAUUGAUUGGGUGCCGGGUCUUCACUCUUCAUUACCAAAGUUGUGAACACCAUCACAAAUUUUCUGUUGAGAAAAGCUAGAGGAGAUGUUUGUCUACUUACAUUUAUUAGCAUAGUAUGAUCUUGUUCUUUAUGCUACGAUUUGGAAAAUUUUCUCAAGUACGCGGAAACUAAGAUUUGUUUGUAACAUUCAAAAUUUCUCAGAGUACACCUAAAAUUAAGUUUUGUUUGUAAUACACCCAUGAUUUACUUGAGUUGACAAUCAAAUGAUUCAAAUCUGCAUGAUUGCUAGAUUUCUUA